UUGCAGCUUCCAACGCCAACACACUUCGUACCAAUCAGCACUCCGCGAGUUGAUCUCCCUGUUGAGAAGAAGAAGAAGAAAAAGAAAUCAAAGAAGUCCAAGCACCGUAGACACAAGGAGCGAAAGAGGCAGAGAAGGUAUUCUUCCACGUCAUCUAGCUCGACAGAUGAUGACAGUGAUGCAUCAUCCAGUUCCUCCGAUGACGAAAGAAAGAGAAAGAGGAAAGCUCCACCUGUUGUAGUUAUAAAACGAGAAAAAUGGGGUUACCUUGCAUAUAAGGAAGAGCGUUCGCCCGAAGGCUCUUACAUAGUGUAUGACAAGCAAUAUGAUCACGAGAACUUCAGCAUGGAUGUCAUACCCAAAGGUCAGACGGUGGAUUACCGGGCUCAUUAUUACACGGUCAUCAAUGGAAAUUCCCGCCUAGAUGAGGCCAAUAGCUUGGUGAGCAGAGUCCGUUUCCACUCUCAUCUCUCUUCGGCUCUUGAUAUUCGAUGA